ACCAGCCUUGAGAAAUUCCGUCGCCACUGCCAUGUCUUCUGGUCGCAACUCGAGUGGCGGCGGCAAGACGAGCAAACCUGAGAAGCAGCAGACCCGCUCUUCACGAGCUGGCGUGACAUUCCCGGUUGGCCGCAUACACCGCAUGCUCAAGAAGGGAAACUACGCUGAGCGCGUCAGCGCCGGCGCGCCAGUUUACUUGGCGGGCGUGCUCGAGUAUCUCGCCGCCGAGGUCAUCGAACUGGCCGGCAACGCAGCGCGGGACAACCAGAAAUCGAGGAUCAGCCCGCGUCACCUACAGCUCGCCAUCCGAAACGACGAAGAACUAGGCAAACUGCUCGCUGACGUGACUAUCUCGCAAGGUGGCGUAAUCCCGCAAAUUCGUCCAGAACUACUUCCCAAAGCGAGUAGCAGCAAGACAAGGAAGACGGGCUAUGCCGGAAAAGCCAACCAGGACUUCUAA